AUGAACCCUCUUCCCUUUCGCGCGGGGGCUCAAAAUCAAAGCUCGUAUGAGCUGCCUCCCGUGCAGUCGGUGACGUCGGGCGCUUUCGCGGCUCCCGGUGCGAUGCUUUCCGCCCCGCCAAGUAGACCCGACAGCGGGAUGCGUAUGGCACAUCUAUUACAGCCCAUGCCCCAGGCUCCCGCUCAACAACCAAUGCCUCAGGGUCCGGUACAGCACGGAAUGAGUCUGGCUCCGGGUCCAUCGACGUCGCCGUAUGACCGAUAUUACGACUCUGCCUCGGGAUCCCCAGCUGAAAAUGGGGGCCUGCGUGACGCUCCUCCUAUGGGCGCUCUACCGGGAAACCCGGGUCUGUUCCAGACAAGCCCGAUCGGACAUUCCAGUCAUGUUCAAAGUCAACUGCAGCAGAAGAGAGCGUAUCGACAGCGCAGGAAGGAUCCGAGCUGCGAUGCGUGUCGGGAACGUAAGGUGAAAUGUGAUGCGUCGGAAUCAAGCAGCUGCACCGAAUGCAAUAACCGACGUGUUCGUUGCCAGUUCACUAAGGAAACAAAUCGUCGCAUGUCGUCUAUUAAGCAGGUGCAGGAUCUGGAGAAGCAGCUUCAGUCUACUAAGCAGCAGUUGCAGCAGUUCAGAGCUGGGAGGCUUCGUCCUGAUCAGAUGAUGGAUGUGGAUGAAGUCACGUCGCAGCAAUUGAUCACAUUACCGGAGAUUGAGUACAGGCCUGCUCGACGACCCAGAAUAUCGAUUACCGAGGACCUAUCGGAUGUGCGCAGGAACUUGCGCCAACAUGGUCGGGGUAUCUUAAAGGUUCCGACUCCUUAUCAGCAACAAGACUCCAAGUCUAUCGUAUCAGGCGAUGCACCGGCUCUACCACCGAAGGAGAUUGCAGAUAAUCUUUUGGCACAGUAUUUCAACUGCGUCCACUCGGUUCUGCCAGUUCUCCACUGGCCGUCUUUCACCGCAGAGUACGACAAGGUCUAUCGGAAAGGCUCCAUCGUCGGUAUAUCCAGUGAAUGGGCGGCUGUAUUAUUUGGAGUUUUCGCGUGUGGUGCUAUCCACACAAUAAACCCGAAUCGUGAGGAGCAGGGUAAAGAGUUCGUACGCAUCUCUUGCGGGAUCAUAGAUGUAUGGCAAGACAACUUCAACCAGGACCGAGCCCGUGCAGCUUUACUUGCCAGCAUAUUUCUCUAUGAGGUCAACUCUAAGUCCGCGAGCUGGGUGUGGAUUGCAUCUGCGGUGCGCGUAGCUCAAGAGAUUGGCUUGCAUAUCGAGUCCGGUCCAUGGCCCCCGCUUGAAGGAGAAAUGCGGAAACGCCUCUGGUGGGGCUUGUACACAUGGGAUCGAUUACUCGCUCUUGAGAUGGGCAAGCCAGUCUUAAUCAACGACCAAGACUGCGACAUCGAUCUCCCUUGUCCAGUCGACGACCAAUAUAUCACAGAUAGUGGCAAUAUUCCGGAGAGCCCCCAAACAACCCCAUUACUAGCAACUAUCCACGUGGUCCGGUCAAUCGGUCAACUCACUCGCACCCUCCGCUCCAUAACAAUCAGCCACGCAACCCUGGACACAUUCGAACGUCACUUCAACACAUGUCUAGCAACAUUCCCUCCACAUCUUCACCCAAAAACGGACCAGGACCUCGACCCUCGCUCCCUGGCCCCAAUCAUUUAUCUCCAGAAUGCCCGCCUUCUUCUCCAUCGCCAUAAUAUCACACCCUACUGCCAAGAUAUCAUCCGCUCAACCGCUAUGGAUUACUGCGUCACUACUGCAAUCGACACCGCCACCAUCUUAUCCCGUUGUAUGCGCACCAACACCCCAACCGACUGGCGAAUUCUCUUCGCCUCAUCAGCCGGUACCCUCCUCUGCACCCACAUCUGGCGCUGCACUCUCUUCCUCCUUUUCCGCCAGGAAUACACCGCCGCACUCGCAUGCGUGCAAGCCAGCGCCGCUAUCGGCGACGGCCGCGCCAUCAACGUAGCCUGCGGCCGGUACCUCGCGUUCUUCCUCCGUGCACUAAUAGACCGCUUCCGACAAGGCGAGAUGGGCAUCCUCGACCACGACGAAGAAAUGAUGGCAUACGUCUCAGGUGAUAUGCAGGGAACCAGCGAUGGAAGCUGGGUGUGGCAGGGUAGUGAGACGGGUUCACAUCUCGAAGCUGUCACAGCAGCCCGUAACACAUCGGAACCGCCCGAGAAGGACGAUGCGGCCUGGGGAACGCCCGAGAAGACAUGGGCAUGGAUCCAAAGUACAGUUCAUGAACUUAUCAGUGAGAAACAGAGGAGAGAUCAGGACGCGUUAUUGCGUGACCCGGUUCAGACGCCUCAGCAGGAAUCUGUCUCUAUGUUGAAUCCUGAGUCUGCUGCUUCGGAUACCACUGAUGGACGGUCAAGCUCUGCUCAUUCACGGAUGGAUAUCGCGAGCCUGAUUUGA